AUUAUAGGAGAAAAAAAAAGUGAAACCCUUCCCUCUUCUUUCUUUCUGCGUACUCUCUCUCUCUCUCUCUCUGUGACCGUUCGCGCUCUCUUCUUCUUCACUUCAUCGCCUUCAACAUCUCUAAAACACACUAAUAAUCAGAAAUCACUCUCAUAUCCCCUCUACGAAACGAGACGACACCCUCUCCAUUUGAGACCGUUCACUUGCGGCGACGGCGAACUGCGAGUUGCAACCCCUUUUCCCUAUCCGUGACACUUUUCUGUUUUUAGAAAAAUAAGAAUGAAGAAUGGAAAAAUUCAUCAUUUCUUUAAGAGGAAAGCUUGUGAGAAUGAUUCUACAUCUGAACCUUUUAAAGUUUCAAGAAUCGAAGAAGUGACAACUACUACUCCACAACAAGUUGAAGUUGCAUCAAUUGAAGAAGUGACAACUGCUACCUCUCAACAUGUUGAAGUUGCAUCAAUUGAAGAAGUGAGAGAUAUCCUUUUUCCGGUAAAGAGGAUCAUCCAAGACGGUUUCAAGAGACUUGGUUUGAAAUCUUUUAUUCAUGGCUAGAAUAUUCACCUUCAAAGGAUGCCGCAUAUUUCUUACCAUGUUAUCUUUUUAGCAAAGGACCAAGUGGAAAUUCUGGAUCAGAUGCCUUUAUUACUACAUGUUUUAGAGGUUGGAAAAAGUGAGAGAUGGAAAGAAUUGUGCAUUUCUUAGGCAUAUAGGGAAGGAUCUUCGAUCGUCACACAACAAUGCAAUGAAAUCUUUAUCAAGACUUGUUGAAUCAAAAGGCAAAUAUUGAGAAUGUUUUCCUUAAACAAAGCUCAAGUCAAAUUAAGAAGAAUUGACUAUGUCUCAAGGCUUCAGUUGACUCUAUUCGUUGGUUGACACUUCAAGCUUGUGCUCUUAGAGGCCAUGACGAAUCUAGCUACUCAAAAAACCAAGGUAAUUUUCUUGAGAUGGUAAAACUUUUGGCAUCUUAUAAUGAUGAAGUAGCAAAAACUGUGUGGGAUAAUGCUCCACAAAAUGGUAAAUAUACUUCACAUAAAUGCUCCACAAAAUUACAAGAGGUGAAUAGCAGAUUCAGUGAGCAAGCAAUGAAUUCAUUAACUCUAAGUUGUGCUUUGAAUCCUAAGGGUGGUUAUAGAGCUUUUAACAUUGAUACUAUUUGCACUCUAGUUGAAACAUAUUAUCCUAUGGAUUUCUAUGAGCAAGAUAAGAUCACUUUUCCAUUUCAGCUUCCACUAUUUCUUGUUGAUGCCCGUCAAUCAACAGAUUUGAAGAAUUUAUCAACUGUUCAAAUAUUAUGUUCGUGUUUGGUUGCAACUAAUAGGGAUAAAGUUUACUUCUUGAUUGAUAGACUGCUCCGUCUUAUCAUGACUCUUCCAGUUUCUACUGCCACAACAGAGAGGUCUUUUUCGGCAAUGAAAAUCAUCAAGACAAAGUUGCAAAACAAGAUGAGAGGUCGGUUUCUAGCAUAUAGCAUGUUUACAUUGAAAGAGAUAUUACUGCAAGUAUUAGUUCAGAUUCUAUUAUUGACGAUUUCAAGUCGCUCAAUUUACAUAGAGUGGCAUUUUAAGAAUUAGAGGACUUGCUGUGAUUUCUAGAAGCUUAGAGAUUUUUUCGCAGAAGAUUCGGGGUUUUGAAGUUAUUAAGAUGUGGGUUUUUGAUUGUCAUGGACGAAUCACAAGCAGUAUGUGAAUUCAAACUAUGUAUAAACCUUUAAGGCACCCACAGAUGGAGAACUGCUGAUGUUAUAUUACAUCGAAGUACUGAGAGUAGAGGAGAUUAUCAAGAAAGCAGGUGAGAGAAAUGGAGUGCAAUAAGGACGAGGCUACCAGAGCUAAAGAAAUUGCUGAGAGGAAGUUCAUUGCAAAGGACAUAUCGGGAGCAAAGAAGUUUGCUUUGAAAGCCCAAAAUUUAUAUCCUUCCCUUGAGGGUAUUCCUCAACUGAUAGCAAAAAUUGACGUGUAUAUUUCUGCUGAGAAUAAAGUAAAAGGAGAAGCAGAUUUGUAUGGUAUACUUGGUGUGGACCCGCGUGCCGACGAUGAUACGGUCAGGAAACAUUAUAGGAAGCUAGCUCUCAUGCUUCACCCAGACAAGAACAAGUCUGUCGGAGCCGAUUGGGCCUUUAAACAUGUUUCAGAGGCGUGGAGUAUACUGUCCGAUAAGGCAAGAAGGGCAGCUUAUGAUGAAAAGAUAAAUGCAAAAGCACAGAAAGGCUCAACCAUUUUUGGCGGUUCAUCAGCAAACGCGGUGGCAAAUGGGGCUAAAGAACAAAGUUCAUGUUCUAUCCAUAAAUCCAAAUCCACAUUUUGGACUACUUGCAUUGGAUGUAAAAUGCAAUACGAGUAUCCAAGAAUGUACAUAAACCUGAAACUCGCGUGCCCUAACUGCCAUGAAAUAUUUUUGGCACUAAAAACCAAUACGCCUCCUGCUAGUUGUAUCAGACCUGGGGCUCCGUUGAAUUUUAAUCCAAAGCCCGAUCACCAAGGACCUCAUAAAAGCAAAUCUAAUGCUGGAAAGAACAACAUGGCAGCUCCAAAUGUUGGAGCAGGGUCUAACAAGAAUAGUUUCCAGUGGGCUCCAUUCUCAAACUCUGGCAUUUCUAAUGUGGCUCAAGCUGCAAAUGUGGUUCAGCAGGCAUAUCAUAAGGUGAAGCGAGAUCGUGAGGAGGCACAAGCCACUACUGAAAAGGAAGAGGCUUUAAGAAGGAAGCAGAAUGUUUCCAAAAAAGGUUACGGUAAAGGUAAUCGAGCUAAGAGGAAAAGAAGGGGCAUGGAGGGAAAUGGAGCAUCUAACUCUACUAGAGAUCUCUCCGCCAUUGAACUUCAGAAUCUUCUUAUCGAGAAAGCAAGAAAAGAAAUUAGGAAGCAACUCAACGAGUUUCAGUCAAAUACUGUCGAUAAAUCAGUGGCGUAAAAGAGUGGAGAUUGCUUCCAGAAAGAAUGAGGCUAUAAAUUCCGCAAAUUGUUCCAUAUUUGAACUUUGAAGUUUGUCAAAGCAGAUCUCUGCAAUUUGGACAAGGGUCUUGCUAUCGUUUUAAGUCUUAUUUAUUUUAUUUUAUUCCUUCAUAUGUUUCUGUUUCUUAGCUCUGUGAUUUAUAGGAGGACUUUUACCUUCAAAAUUAUGAAACUAUCUGCAUGAUUAUAAAACAUAUGUUAUGUAACUACAUAUGAAUGUUAAAUAGUUACCUAUACAAUUAUGAAACUAUCUGCAUGAUUAAGAAACAUAUGUUUCUGUCUCUUUAAUAGUAUUUCUUGUGAUUAUUAAACUAUCUGCAUGAUUUACUUCCUUUGUUUCAAUUUCAAGCAUGUUAGGUAACUACAUAUGAAUGUUAAAUUGUGAACAACUUUAAAUGCAAAAUCUAUUUAAAUAUAUUCUCAUAAAAAAUCAAUUAAUUAAGUGGUUUAUCCUUUUGCUACGACUUUUUUUUAGAUAAUAAAAUUUUAAAAAAUGUUUAAAAGUUAGAAAUAUUUCAAUUAGCUUCUCAUAAAAUUUAUUUUCGAGAGAUAUAUUUUUGAAAAAUGUGAUUUUUGUUGUGAUAAUUUUUUUUUUCUUUCUUUUCACUAAGUUAAGUGAACAACGGGCAUCAUAUGAUAUGUAGAAAUACCAAAAAAGUUGGCACGCCCAGAGACCCUCAUUGACAUUAUCUACCAUAUUCUCGUAAUAAUAUAUAAUAUAAAAAAGAAAAUUUACAAAAGAAAUAAAAA